AUGACAGCCAAGACCACAGCGUCUCUAAAUGGCACCUUCUGUACGCAAGAGGUCGAUGACGAUGGUAGUCAGAAACAUCCGGAAGACGCUCACGGUGCUGAUGCCGAGGAAGGUGUGCUUGAAACCAAGCCGGAGCCCAAACCUCAUCCUAAGCCUGUGCGAAAGCCCGAGUCUAAGCCUCUGUCCAAGACUGAGCUUAAACCUCAGCCCAUAAAGACGGAAAAGGCGUUACCGGCCAUUCACAAAAAGCCAGCGAAGGCUGCAUCGGCAAGCAAAAAUAAGGAACCAGAGCAAGAUGAGGAAAGUGCAGAAAAAGAAAGCAAACCUCGCAAGGUCGCUUCUAAGGAGGGCAGUGCGGGCAAGAAGAAGCCGGGCAAUGACAUCAUCGAUAAGGCCAUGAUGGAAACACAAAAACCUGUCAAGGCGGGAGCCGGGAAGGACAAGGGCAAGCCAAUGAGAGACCAAGCAAGCAAGAGUAAAGCGAACGGGGAGACGUUGACUCGUAAGAAAGCUGGCAGGGAUAGAGUGGCGAAGGAGAAAGCACAUGAAUCUCCGGAGGAUGACGAGGCUGAUGAGAAAUUGGUGCACAAACCUCCGCUGAAGGGGAAAAAGUCCUACGAAGCAACAGGGGCUCAGAAGGUUUCGAAGACCACCGUAAGCAAGUCUGGAAGCAAGGAAGCACCCAAAAAACCGCCACCGCCACCGAAGCAGCCUCCCGGGAAAAAGCCGCCUGCUAAGCCACCCUCGAAGCCGCCUGCGAAGCCGCCUGCGAAGCCACCUGUGAAGCCACCUGUGAAGCCACCUGUGAAGCCACCUGCGAAGCCACCCGUGAAGCCGUCUACGAAGCCGUCUACGAAGCCGCCUACAAAGUCCAAAGAACGGGGGAAAUCGCCACUGCGUUCCAGCAUGCGUGGACAGGAGACAAGAUUCGUCGAAAAGGCAAGCGUCAUGGAAGUGACCACAGCAUCGGCUGGCGACGCGCUACCUGAGGACUUCGCCAAAACCGAGGAGGAAGAAGAGGAAGGCGAAAUUCCAAGACCCGCGCUGACGGAGGAGCAGCGCACGCUGUUCUUCCACGACGGCCGACGGCGCAUCGACAUCGUGCUCGCCUACGAGCAGACCGACAACCCACUGCACGAGCGGUACCGGAGAAUCUUCCACGAGAACAUCGUCGCCGAGGGUCUGGAGAUCGAGAUCGAGAACGCCGAGGACUCCUGGGACGGGUACACGUACUUCGUGAAGGUGCACGCACCCUGGGCCGUGCUCACCAAGUAUGCCGAGCAGCUGCACCUUCGAAUGCCUGUGAAGAAAAAGGGUCCAGCCAUGGCGUUCCCCAAGAUUAAGAUCAAGCCCGGCGAGAAGCCUGUCUUUCCAGACAUGAAAGUCUUCGAGAGCGACUCCGUGGAGAUCGAGGUGGUGGGCAAAGCGCCGAGCAAGAAGAAGCUGUCCCGGCUCAAGUCUCCCUUUCCCUACGACAAGAAGCUCAUCCCGGACGAGAAUGAGUUCUACAACGCCGAAUUCGUGCGGCAGCGAGAACGCAUGUACCUCAUAUCUAACCGGGACACCUUCUUCUCUCAAGCCAUGCGCAGCCGGAUAACAUGGGAGGUGCUCACUCGGGCCAAAUACGACGAGGCAGAGCACCAGAGAGGCGAGUCACCUAUUGGCCCACUUUCUUUUUCGACGAAUUCUUGGAAAGUGCUAAACCGCCCGCCAUCCUAAAUCCGAUGCCGUCGCCGUUUUCCAACUGCAACGAUCAACCUCAAGCCAAUAGCGCUCACUAGUGAGCAUGGGAGAAAGAAAGUUGGCCGGAUAGUUGUAGCUUGCGCAAGGCUGGCCAACUUGACGAUACCGAGAGCGGGGACGAGAAAACGUUUAUUAUCGAUGCCCAGCGAACGUGUGCGCUUGUAGUGCUAACUUCUCUGAGCGUGGGCAGUAUACCUAACGAUUACCUUCCAGGCAUACACAACCUCUUGAACGUCGAGGCCUACCUAGCAGCUUAUCCACUGCACGACGUGAGUUGGCGAAUUCGCUGUUUUUUAUUCCGGAGAUUUACGCGCUAAAACAACGAUGUGAUUGAGGCGGAGACUCCGGUAUGUUUCUUUCACCACCUGGAGUCCUUUAACGUGCACCGAGAGCACGGUACAAAGGCGCUUGCUUUUUCUUUCUUUCUUUCUUUUUUUUUUUUUUGCAUUUCGCCUUGCAUAGAAAUGCGGCCGCCGCGGCCGGCACUUGUUCCCGUACUUUUAGGCUUAGCAGCGCAACACCUUAAGAGGAAGCUUAGCGCGGGUGCUCCUAUCUAAAUACAUGUAAAAGGAGAAUUCGUUCUGCUCGGCAACCAAUGCACCAAAUUUGACGAAGUUUGUUGCAUUUGAAAGAAAAACUUAAAUUCUAGUGACUAUUGGUUUUGAAUUUUCAAUUUAUGUCGUCAAUUCUUCAUUAAAAAUUUACAAAACGUUCAAUAUAUAGAAAAUGAAGCUAUGAAGCUUGCAACUCUAGUAACCCAGCAAUGAAAAAAUGAUAUCACAAUUCAGUGAAUUGCAUUUAAUUGCA